AUGGCGUCGGUAAAGUGGGAGGAAAAGAAAAAAAGAAGAACAACACUUCGGUUCUCUAAAAAAUGGCGAGCAAGGGAAAGAGAACAUGAAGGCUCUUUACCAAACCCUACUACCAGAGAUGGAAAACCGGCAGUUGUUAUUCCUCAAGACUAUUAUGAAGAAGGCUGUCAAAUAUGGAGAUUUAGCCUUAUUGGAAGAUUAGAUCUCAAAGGUGUGAAGCUCAUUGAUGUUAAAAAAAAUCUGGAACAACAAUGGGGUUUAGGAGAAGUUGGGGUUCAGUUUAUCCCUAUGAACCGUGGUUUCUUCAUUAUAAAACUAUUAACUCAAGAUGACAAAGACAAAGUUUUCAAGGAUGGCAACAAAAAUCCAUGGAUUGUUAAUGAUCAGCCUCUUCGUUUGAUUGAAUGGUAUCCAGGGUUUGACGCAGACAAGCAAUGUACUUCUCAUUCAACGGUUUGGGUGAAGUUUCCUAGCCUGCCCGUGGAGAUGUGGGUAGAAAAAACGCUUUUAGCUUUAGGGAAAUCUCUUGGAACACCCAUUGUGGUAGAUAAGAGAACCCUAAAUCAUGAAUAUGGUCAUUAUGCAUCUGUUUUGAUUGAUAUAGAUUUUUCUAAACAUGAUACUGAUUCAGUUUAUGUUGAAGUUGAUGGUCGACACUUUCUACAACCUAUUGAAAUUCUAAAACAACCUAAGUUUUGCUCCAAGUGCAAGAUUGUUGGGCACUUAGAUAAAGAAUGUAGGAAGAAGCAUGAAGUUAAUGCAUUACAUGCAGCUCAUGCACGUACAGACGUUAGAAAAAAUGUUGGUUCCUCAUCGCAGCAGCUGGGUGGUUUUUCUUCUCUACAGUUAGAUAGAACUCUAGAGAUGGGAAGUUCUUCAGCAAACCAAGCAACACAGCAGAAUGCUUUGCAUCAGGCUCAGCAACCUCAAACUCUGGUUAUUCAUCAAGGGGAGAAUAAUGAUACAUGGCAGACUAUAAGUCAUAAGAAGAAUGGUAAGAAGAAUAAGAAAGUUGCUACAGAUUCUCGUGUGCAGGUUGAUGUGGUGAGGAUUGGUGCUGCUGAUUAUGAACAACAGCUUCAGGAAGAUUUGAUCAGGUCCGAAGCUGCAAUGCGCACUGCUGCAGCUAUGGCGGAGAAGGCUGUUGCUGCGCAUUCAGUUUUAGUUAGUAGGGCAAAAUCGCUGAGUAUUGUUGCCUUAAAUACUAAGCCUGGUGGGAAUGUUGAAUUGGCUAGAACUAGACUUCCUAAUCCGGCUGUGGAGGAGAGUUCUGAAUACGUCUCUUCAAACAAGUUUAAUAUCUUGGAUAGUACUCUUGUGGGUGAAACGGCAAGUGUACAUGAGCUUGGGCAUAUUGAUGAAGUUGCACGUAAGGAUAAGCAUCAACAACUUUUAGCAUUUCAGGCUAGACUAGACACUUUGAGGGAUGUUGAUGUUUUAACUGAUUUGGAUGAGGAAUCAGAGCUAGGAGUUCGUGCAAGAAAAGGUUCUUCUCCAAGAUUAAAAUCCUCCUUAAGUACUUCUGAAGUACAGCUAACCAAUAAUCAAAAUCCUAUUGUUUAA